AUGGUCGAUGAAGCUACUAAAAAGACUCUUGCUGCCAUACCACUCCUUAAAACCAAAGCUGGUCCAUUAGAUGGAGAAAUGUGGGUUCAAAGAUUAAAAGAGGAGUACCAAGCCCUGAUAAAGUAUGUUGAAAAUAACAAGGCAGCGGACAACGACUGGUUUCGAAUUGAGUCAAAUCAAAAUGGAACCAGGUGGUAUGGAAAAUGUUGUGACAUGAAAAAAUAUGAAUUCGAUCUCAAUUUUGAUAUACCUGUCUCCUACCCAAGUACAAAUCCGGAACUUGCUUUACCAGAACUCGAUGGGAAGACGGCAAAAAUGUACAGAGGAGGCAAAAUAUGCCUUACAGAUCAUUUCAAGCCUUUGUGGUCUAGGAAUGUCCCAAAAUUCGGCAUUGCUCACGCAAUUGCACUCGGUUUGGGUCCUUGGCUAGCAGUGGAGAUACCUGAUCUAAUAUCAAAGGGAAUAGUUAAAUACAGAGAUGAUGAGUAA